CACCUUCUCCACCCUCCACUUCUCCGUCUCAGCGCUCUCUCCUGGCAGCUAUUUACGUCAAGGCCUCCUUGAUAACCUCUCCUGCCGUCCCUCGUCACAUUCAGGCUCCAACAGAAAGCCUGUUGAGGCCGAAACUGUCACCCAGCAGGCAUAUAUGAGUGAAGGCGGGGAAGUUCUCCUCUGCUGGGGUUUAACACAUAAACAGAGAGAGAAAUUACUGGAGGAUGUAGAGAAAGCUAAUCCUUCAAGCGCCGGCUGUCUGAAAAGCAUUUUGGUAGUUGCAUGUCUUUUCAUCUCCAACCGCAGCCAGGAUGUGUCUGACAACAAGAUGGCAGCAGGUGAUAUUUCUGACAACAACAAACUCUCGAAGCUCACAGUGGAAGCAGAAUCCAACCACAGUUCUGAUAAUCCCAGAGACUGUAUCUGCACAGAGAAGCACUGUAACCACGAGCUGCUGUUCGACCUCGCCAAACGGGUCACAUCAAACCAAACGUGUCUGGUUUCAUGUAGCAUUUCAGGAAAGUCAGUUGCGACUGCCUCUCUGCUGGUUAAUGCAAAGGCAAAGUACAGAGGCAGCAGCUGCACCGCAGGGGUCGAGGCAACAGUGGUUUUGCUUUUCACCCGCAGCGGGCCUGUUGCGAAUCAGGUGCGAGCUGAGAAUCAAGUCUAUUUUCAGAGCAAAAGUGUGUUAAUGUGUGUCAAGGGGAAAAGGAAGUCAGAAGCUAAAUAUAUUACAACAGAGCAACCACCAGCUCAGAGUGAGAAGGAAAAGGAUGUCAGGAUUUAUGCAGAACGGCAAGUGUAUCCCAUAAAUAAAGACAUAGUCUUCCUGGUUGUCACUGACAUACCUGAUCCUGUAAAAUUCCUCUGGGACUUUGGAGAUUCCAAAGUAGCCAGAACUGGAUUAAGGACCAUCACAAAAAGAUACCACAACCCUGGACGUUACAAUGUGGUAGCGGCUGCAUCUUGGGGUCAAAUGUCGGUCACCUCGGAUGUGUUUCCCGUUGAGAUCCAGAGAGUUGUGAAGCUCAGCAGGCUGGAUCAUCAGGCCUCGGUCUUAAGGAAUCGGACUCUCACAGUAACAUGCAGAGUAAAUGUCGGGACCAACCUCACCUUCAUCUGGAGCUUCGGAGAUGGAACAACCAGACCUGGGCUGAGCACAACACGUCAUGUCUUCCACAGGUUGGGAGAGUUUACAGUCAAAGUGAUUGCGUCCAAUCUCAUCAGUUCUGCGUCUUUGAGCAGCUACGUCUUUGUUGUGGAUCGGCCGUGUCGGCCUCCACCUGUCAAAAACAUGGGUCCGCUCAAACGUCAGUUUCAGAGACAUGAAGUUAUCCAUCUGGGUGUGACAUUUGAGUCAGAUGUGGAGUGUGACAUAUCAGAGGGCCUUCGCUACUCCUGGACUUUACUUGGUUCUGGAGGCCAGAUUAUUCAUUUGCCUCACACAGACACACAAAGACAAAGCCUGAUUCUCCAGAGCCAUCUCCUGCAGUAUGACACCUACAUGGCCAUAGCGAGAGUUCAAGUUAUUGGCAGUGUGGUGUACAGCAACUAUACUGUGGCUUUCCAAGUGAAGCCAAGCCCUCCGGUGGCGUUCAUCCAGGGUGGCACCAAUGUCUUUAUUGGCAAAACAAGCAGCAAUGUGGUCACCCUGGAUGGACAGAAAUCCUAUGAUCCAGACUUCCCUAAGAACCCUCUCAGUUAUAGUUGGACAUGCAAACCAGUUUCGAGCAUCACCAGCUCCUGUUUUGACCAGGACAUUCCCACUUCAUCCCCUGAGCUGAAAUUCCCUCUCAGUCUGCUGAAACCCAAGUUUGACCAGUUCCAGUUCACGCUUACAGUCUUCAGCGGAGAGCGUUCGGCUUCAUCAGAGGCUUUCCUCACAGUCACUUCACACCUGACUGGGAAGGUCUCCGUUUUCUGCCAUCAGUGCCAGGGAGAUUAUAUGAACUGGGAUCAGUCAUUUUCCAUCCAUGCACUUUGUGAGGACUGUAACAUUCACAGUGAACUCAUUCAGUACACAUGGAGUCUUUACCUGGUCAACGCUUCAUCCAAACCCAUCACAGAGGUCCCAUUCUGUUACACAGUAGAUGUCAGCUCCCCUUCAGCAAUUCUGGAGGAUCCCACCACAUCCACCCUGACUCCAGAGAUCUCAAAGGAAAGCAGAGACAAACCAGAUCAACCUGAUUUGUCAAGGUCUGGUUCUUCCCAUACUUCUGUCCUUGACCAAGACAGUAGACUGCCUUUAGACCACAUCAGCCUCAGUGGCAUUUCUAGAGAAAUCCAAAGUGAGUCCUCUGCCGACUGGAGAUAUGCUUUUCCUUUAAUGGAGGACGAUGAUGUAGCGCAUCAACCAGUCAGUUCAGCAACAGGUUCUGAUGAUUAUGAUGCUCCGUAUCCAAGUGUGGAGGAAGGAGAUUCAGGGGUAUCAGCAGGAAGAUCUUACGGUAUAGAUACUGAGCGCUUCAGUCCAAUUGAUAACUCGGAGUCUGAUCUGACGCUACUCAAGAAUGAGGGAAGUAACCUGGUGGAUCCCAAACCUUCUGUAGCGAUUCAGGAGCCAACUUUGCUUGACUUCCACCGAGAUGCAGUAGAAACAGGCCUAUUUGAGUCCUACACUUACACAGGAAUUUCCUCCACUUCGCUGAUUUUCAGGGCCUUCAGCCUGAAGCCAAGAAGCAUUUACAUGUUGCAGGUCACUGCCAAGUCUCAAAAUAAUUGGAUCGGUCAGACUCAGCUGUUUCUAAAAACAAACCCGGUCCCAGAAGGUGUGAGGUGCCAGGUUCAGCCCGUCGAAGGGAUGGAGUUACAAACUCCCUUCAGCAUCUUCUGCACCUCAGGACAGGAGGACUUAGAGUACAAGUACAGCUACAGUAUAGGAGGCAGACCACCCAGGACGAUGUACCAGGGAAGAGACUUCCUGUACUACUUCAGCCUGCCCUCUGGUGACCCCAGAGAUGACCAUGAAGUAAAAAUCUACACUGAAAUCAGAAGCAGCAGCUCUGGAUCAGCCACCAAACCGUGUCCUGUCGCCGUCCGAGUCAGACCAAGCUUCAUCGGAAACAGCUCAUCCUCUUCGCCGACUCAUCGCGAUCCUGCUCUGGAGCUCUCAGAGAGUCUGAGGAACUUGUCCACCUUAGUAAGGCUUGGGAAUCCUGUUGAGAUCCGUAACUACGUCAGCCUCCUGACCAGCGUCCUGAACAAACUGGGCCAGGAUGCUGAGGCUAACACACACGCACAGAGACACACUCGCAAUGUGCUCAUUCACACUUUAUGCGAUUUCAAAGGGAGUGAUGAGAAAUCGGUUGCUGACAGCAUCAUUAUUCUCAAUGAGCUUCUACAAGUUACUAAUCAGGUGACAUACAUGAGCGUCAGACGUGUAGCGACAUUCGUCCGGUCUGUUUCAGAGAUACUUCCUGAGUUUAGUGCUAACCAGCAGAUGCUCUACACUCUGAUCAACUCGGUGUCAUACUGCCUCCAGGUGGUCACAAGUUGUAGCUGCACAUCUAAAGCAGCAGUCUCUUUUAACAAACCCCGUGUUUUAGAGCCAGGAUCCCCCACAGCGCCAAACACGAAGGAUCCUGAAAAUGCAUCUGACAGCUGCGCACAGAACUCGCCCGCUGGCCCUCGCCGCCAACACGGAGGAGCGGUUACAGCAAACCGGCUGGGGCAGCUUGUGGAGGAGAUUCUGCAGAUUGCAGCAGACCUGAUCCUGAGGGAUGUUUCGCCCCAUGAGGCCGAGCAGCACAGAGUCACCGCCGGCCUCAUCGACCUUCUCGCUUCAUCCCAAAACCGAACCUCUCUGAUCGUCAGGAGCGGCUUCACCACCGUCCGCAUGCCUGCUGCUCUGAUCCAGAGCGUGUUUAGGCUUCACACUGGAAGGGCUCGACUCGGGGAGCAGCAGUCCUGCGUCUUCAGAGUGCUGACUCGGCUCGACCGCGACCUUUGCCCCCACGACGCACAACUCAAAACAGGGGGAGAUUUUAUUCUCGCCCCCUUUUCCCAGCCGACCGGACCGGUGGUGGAUUUCAGUCUGUUUAAGUGCGACAGGAGAAAAAUCCAGAUUCACUCACUCCCUCAGCCAGUCAACACUGAAAUCCAACUUCCAAAAAGAAAUGAGAGCCCCUCCGGUCGGUACGUUCUCCUUCGUAACCAGAUCAGCUACCACAACUUCAGCAUCAGCCAGCAGCUCCUGCAGCAGGCCAUCCAGAUCACUGUGGCGUUCACGCCGCUGCCCAACAAGCCUUUUCCCAUCAUGCUUCUCUUCAGGAUAUUUGAGAGGCCAACUCCCAGCAUGCACCACCUGAAAAGAAUUCACCAGUGGGAGCAAAACACCAUCCGUGUAACUCUGCCCCCUUCCUAUCUCGGCGCUGCAGGCAUUGCCCACAUGGCGCUGCUGGACGCCGAGUUUGCAAGAUUACGUAGAAGCCAGCUGCAAAGCGAACAGGUAAGCUACAGCGUGACAGUGGACAGCAGUCUGUGUUUGUCCUGGGACGGACAGCAGGGGGCCUGGACACACCACGGCUGCAGGACACACCAAUCGGACGCGUCUUCUGCGGUGAGCUGCAGUUGCUACCAGCUGAGGCCACUGACUGUGUUUCAGCAACAGGUCAAGAUUAGCCAGGUCACAGGAGAUCUGGAUCCCUUCCUCAGUGCAUCCAGUGAUCCAGUUGUGCUCAGUAUUCUGGCGGUCCUGCUGGUCCUGUACAUCCUGGGGCUGGUCUGGUCUCAGAGAGCCGAACUUUUGUCCAAGGAGAAUCAAAGGCUCUACUUUCUUCCUGACAACAAUCCAGCAGACCCGUACCUCUAUGCUGUUUGCAUUCACACUGGUCUCUGCUCUGCGGCCCGUAUGACUGCAAAAGUUUACAUGAUGCUGCAUGGUGAAGACGGCGUCUCACAAACAAAAGAACUUCAAGUCCCAGGGUGCACUCUGUUUAGAAGAAACACAAAAGACACCUUCAUACUAAGUGCGGCCGACAGCCUGGGCCCAGUGUGGGGGGUUCAUGUUUGGCACGACAACUCUGGAGAUUCCCCUGAUUGGUACCUCAAACAAGUGGUGGUGUCAGAGGUGAAUAGAGGGCCAGCGGCGGAACGCUCAUGGCUGUUUGACAGUGAACGCUGGUUGUCUGUGAACGAGGGCGACGGUCAAGUGGAGAGGAAGCUGCGCGUCUGCUCUGGGGAAAUGCAUCCGGUUAAGAUGCUGCUUCUCAGGUUCUGUGACUACUUGGCUGAUUUCCACAUGUGGCUCUGUGUGUACAGCUGCCCCAGCCCCAGCUCACACACACGCACUCAAAGGCUUAGUGUUUGCCUGCUUCUCCUGUUGGGGUAUGCGUGUGCCAACACCGUCAUCAUAUCGCAUACAGACGAUCAGCUGCCAUUUGAGGUGGGUGUCGUCGAUGUGUCGGCUGCUUCCAUCACAACUGGACUGCGAAGUGUGAUGGUUGUGUUGCCUGUAGCAGCCCUCAUAUCUUUCCUGUUUCGAUUGACUGGGAACACACGGUCGGGAUCGGGAAUUCAACGUGCAAAUUGCGAGAAAACUCCACAGGAUGAUUUUCAGGAAACCUUUUCAGCAGACGACAGCGAGUUGGAUUAUCAUCUGUCUUGGGAUGGCCGCCGGAGGUGGAAGCAGGAGGCCUCGAGGAAAAAAUACCAGGAUACAGACAUCAACUCAAUUUCCUCCAUUCGUGAAAAUAAAGGCGCGGAUGAAGAGUCUGCGAUCCAGACAAGAAAUGACGAUCUGCUGCAUAAACUGCUGCUGACUUCUAAAGGAAGAGCUGAAAGACGUUUACCUGAGCAGGAACGGUUUAAAGAUUGCACGAACAGAAGAAAUGCAGGGCAGACCGAACAAAAAAAACUUAGGACACCAUCGUUCUGGUGUCACUCUCUGAACUGGGCGCUCUGUGCGCUGUUGUCUCUCUCCUGCUUGGUGGUCACAGCUACAAAUGGAAUGAGAUUCAGCAGCGGCCAGGUUGUGCUUUGGAUACACUCUCUUUGUGUUUCUCUUUUGGGCUGUAUGUUCUUCAUCCAACCAGUUGUGAUAUUUGGCAUGACAUUUACUGUCUGCUUUUGGUACAAGAAACCCGCAGACUACCAUUGUUUUUUCAGCAAGAAAGAUCCUGAUGUACCAGAACAGUUCAUAAAGUCUGAUCUCUGUGAGAAGACUUCAUCUGUGGAAAAGCUGCUCAGGGCUCGGCACCUGCGUCUCGCUCGCCCGCCGGCUCCAGCAGAGCUGAAGAAAACUUGUGGAAAGAGGAGGAGAGAGGCUCUCAUUCAGGAAACACUCAAGGAUUUCUCUUCCUGCAUCAUUAUGCUUCUCCUGUUGGUGUGUAUAAUCUCUGGCAGCUCAGUGAAAGAACAUCAAAAUCUCAACAAGGCCAUAAAGAGACACUUUAUAAGACACAGUUUUACGUUUAGCUCCAUAAAAACACACGAGGACUGGUGGAAGUGGACACAGUCGAGUCUGCUCGACUACCUGUACCAGAAUUCAUCAGCAAAACCCGAGCAGCCACACGUAGUCAUUGGGGAGCCCAUCAUACAGAAGACAGAUGGCUCCAGCAUAUUUCAGAGUCCUGUGCUGACAAAACCACUGACAUGUGAUCAUCCAUGUCAAGAGAAAGCUCCUACAGUCAGUUUAGGCCACACAAAGUCUGAAGCUGCAUCAAAACUCAGGAUUUUGAAGUCAAGCAGCUGGAUGAACCGAUGGACGGUGGCCCUGAAGGUUCAGUUCACCUUAUACAGCCCUGCGCCUCACUUGUUUAGCAGUGUGAGUCUGAUCUCUGAGCAGAGCCCUGAUGGUGUACUGCUGCACUCCGUUAAAGUCCAGUCAGUGAGGGUGUUACACAGUCCUAUGCCAUGGGACUAUGUUGCCAUGGUUUCCAAGCUGCUCUUCCUGUUCUUGAUUCUACUACAAUCCUGCAAUCAAGUGUCCAUUGUUGCACAGCGAGGGCUGAUGGGAUGCAGGAGAAGACCUUGGAUGUGGCUGGAUGUCAGUCUGCUGCCAGUGACUCUAAUCUGUUAUUUUUGUUUGAUCUAUCACUCCACCAUGAUCAUGGAAGUUGUGAGUUUGCUGCAGACCCAACACAGAGGACGUGUUGAUGUUAGCGCUGCGGCUAGCUGGGAACAGAAUAUUCGGACGCUGUGGGGGGUUGUCCUCUUCCUCCUGACCAUAAAGUUUGUGACUCUGCUUGGAAUGAACAGAACAUUACGUUCUUCAGCUGCAGUUCUUUCACAGACACACUCCAGCCUCUUUUGGCCUGUGGUUUCAGGCCUGAUCCUGCUGCUGGCGCUGUCCUGUUCGGCUAACCUGCUGCAUGCAGGGAGCUGCUGGCCGUUCAGCUCGGUUCCUCACUCCCUGCAGACUCUGCUCUGUCGUUACCGUGGACUCCAGGUCAAAAAGAACCGCCUCCGCUCAGGACAUGAUUUCUCUCACUGGGUCGUUCUGUUUCUGACAAAUACUGCUGUGCGCACAGCGAUGGUAAUUGGGGUGAUAUCCUUAUUGGUGAAAAUGGCUAGAAGACCUCAAAGCAGGAACAUUACUUUUACCACAGGGGAACUAUUAAACUACUUAAGAAUGAAGGUGUCUGAAUUCACUGGAUGGCAAAAACCAGCAAGGAUGGAUGAUUAUGAUAAAAAAAGGACCUGUGUGCUUGAGGAGUUGGAGAGCUCCAUAGACGAACUGUUGCUCAGACUCGACGUCCUUUCCAACAGCAUGGACCAAACAAUCCGGUACAGAGACGGGGACCGCCCUGUCCUCCCAGCCUCCCCACUGUCCUCCAACAUGGACACACAGGAAUGUCUGAGGUCACAGACUGUGGUGAAAACACAGAAAACGAGGAAUAAAAUAACCCAAGAGUCACAUGAAAAAACAACCCCUCCUGCAGCUCGCCUGUUCAGGUCUGAGGUUGAAGUACAAAUCCAAAAUAUUUCAAAUAAAUCAUUAAAAAUUAAAAACUGGAUGGCAUCCCCAGAGUUGACCUCCUCCGAAAGGCUUCGGUCAGAAGAUAUUUGUGAGAAACGACCUGAGCUGCAGGCUGGAACCAAUCACAGCUGCUGGUUUACUGGAACUCAAUAUAAACUGGUGGAGGUUCUGGUCCAUAAGGAGCCCGAACCAGGAGAACUAUAAUCCAUUAUUAUUGUUUAUAAGCAACUCUGGGAAAUGAAUGUAUUAAAGUAUUCAUUGUCAA